CUGAAAGGAAUGAAAAGAAGUGCACUUCAAACACAAACUCAUACACCAUAAAUACUCUUCAUUUGGAGAGUCCUAGUACUACGCCAAAAGCAAUGAAUGGUGUGACGUAGAGGAAGUGCUGCCCCCGUAGAACGAGUAUCUUCAGUGUUUAGUUUCAAAAGCGUUCUAGCGUUGCUUCAAUGAACGCGACAGCCUCGAUGUCAUUCGUCGGCGCUUAAUUUCUGCACGAUUCGUGCCGCGCGUUGGAAAAACUGCAUCUUGCCAAAGAAUGGAAAUCUACUUGUACAUUUUACACACAGCAAAAGUGCUUCUUCGUGCGCUGACUUGAUUGCUAUUUUCUCUUCCGUCUUUCUGUGAGCUCGAAUGUCAGUGGAAUAAUUAGAAAUACAGCGUUUGCUUUAACUCUCCUCUUCGGUCUCGUAAACGUCAACGACGUCGCCUGUCUUUUUUUCGCUCUUGGCUGGAGGUUCACUGGAAUAUAAGCGCAGUGACUUUGAGAAGCGGCAUUCCUCGCGCCGCGCUCGAGACUUGUGCGGAUCUUGACCGCGCGCUGCAGCAACGGCCAAUCCAUCUAAUAUCUCCACAGAUCAGCGCGCUCUGGACGUGCAGGUUCGCUGACAGCUCUUGCUAUAAAGUUAACAAAUAACGUUUUUAUGAGUCAUAACCAAUGAAUGUGAAACUAAAUAAUACAAUUUUCCUUAAAAAAUGUUUUUUAAUGAGAGAACUCACAUCAACGCCAUGUGAAUGUGACAUUUUUUCGGAGCUUUUCUCUGUGAGAGAACGUUUUUUCCGUUACGAUGUACUUUGAAUAACCGAUUUUUUUCCCUGCUCGCGUUCGUUUUUAUCGCUUUAAAUAACGAUGGCCAACGAAAUUCGCUUUGACAAUCGGAAUAUUGUGGAGAAAUACAUCAAUAUCAAACUUUCAAAGAAGGGAUAUGUGUGGAAAUCUCAAUCUUCUGGGGAGGACGAUGACACCGUCAAUAAAGGAGUCGAGGGCUCCUCUCUAAACUCUGACAGGAGACUCCAGGCUCCCUCAGCCGGAGGGGGGAACAACUCUGAAUGCCUGAUAGCUCACCGGGUCACUCGUUCAGACCCUUAUUCCAGGAUCUACCGGGCGCUACGCGAGGCUGGAGACGAGAUAGAAAGGAUGUACCAGCGUGAAUUUGAGGAGAUGUCCCACCGCAUGAUACAACGCAAUACAACGCAACGCAGCUUCUUAGCCGUGGCAGAAGAGCUCUUUAAAGACGGAGUGAACUGGGGGCGGAUCAUCGCUUUCUUUGAGUUUGGUGGGACCAUGUGUGUGGAGAGCGUCAACCGGGAGAUGGCGUCCCAGGUAGAUAAUAUUGCACACUGGAUGACAGACUACCUGAACGGGCCUCUGGAAAACUGGAUCGAGGAAAAUGGAGGCUGGGAAGCCUUCGUGGAGUUGUACAGUCAGCAGAGAGACUCUGUGUUCCACCCAUUUUCGUACCUAACAAAAGUACUUGGAUUGGCAAUGCUCGGCUUGGCAGGAAUGACCAUCGGAGCCUUUUUUGCUCAGAAGUGACGGCUCUAUGGGUCUCUUCACCAAACUAUCUCACUUUCUCUGCCUGUCUCUCCUCUUCAGCUUAUCAAAGCAUCUUUCAGCGCCACACUG